AUGCAUGCGAGGCGCUCGUCUGCGUUUAAUUGGAGGCGUUAUCACCUUCAUGCACUUGAUGAAGAACAUAACUAUAGGUUGUUGAAGGAUCUUUCGUUGAACAGGGAUGAGCUUUUUGACUUGUCGUUGGGUAAGAAGUGCAGUCUGUACCGCUACUUCAACAUCACUCACAAGAAUGUCCAGAAGCAUUUGCGGGAUACUAUGGACGAGCACUUUGCGUCCCAAAAGGAGAAGGCUGCUAGAUCGUUGUAUGUUAUUGAUGGUAAUGCAUUCAAUGGAGACUACACCAAUUGGCGUCUUCCGAUCCCUCGCGAGAUGUCAUCGUACGACUUUGAAGGUGUGAACCCCAAAGCUGGCAAGCCUUUAUCCGAGUACGAUUGUGGCAUGAAGCCACAUUUCCCCGAUCCUUUGUUAAGCUCGAUCUAUGAUUUGAUAUCGGAUUCGGAGACGCCUCGUUAUGUUAAUGCUACUGAGGCUAUGAUUGAUCUCUACGACGAGGUGGGUGACAAUGAAUAUUACGAGACACCUGAUGGGAAAGUGAUGAAGAAGCCCUAUUUAGAGGAUGUUGACAUAAAUAUUCCAUCUGAUGCGAAGCGUGAGCGUGAGAUGCUGCACAGCGUGUUAUCGCAGCCGACGGCAUUCCCGUCUUACAUAGACCCUGUUAAUCCUGCUCAUCGUACAGGCCGUGGCAGAGAGCUUCAACGUCGCCAAGAUUGUGGUCGUUUGCAGCGGCUUCGUUGGGAGAUGGAUGUUGACCCUGCCGACGACAUUUUGCGGGGUCACAGGGAGACUGGCAACAACAUAACAAAGGAGUUUGUUGAUUCUAUAGAGUGGGAGCAACCUCUGCCUACUUACCAUGACCGGAAUUUUUUCAAAAGAACGUUUGCUGAGGGUGGUUUCGGCGAGUCGGAUCGAACCCAUGACAGUUAUUUCGACAUUCAGUUCAUCGGUUCUCCUGAUGCAUAUCCGUAUGCUAUAUCUGCAGGUAUGCAGUAUGCCUGGCCAAUAUAUUGGGUUCCCUUACUGUGUAAGAAGCAUCCCAAGCGUUACGGGCAGCCAUUGCGUUCUCCCGUUUUCAACUUAGGCGGCGUUGAGCCUCUCCAGCUGUGGUUUUAUCCUGAGGGUAACGCAAGUUCUACGGAGGGAUUUUGCUCCCUUAAAUUGUUAGACAAGAGCGACAAGGAGAUUGUGCGCCGUCGUGAGAACGACCGUGAUUAUGUAAUUCUGGGCCCUGCUGGUAAUGUGUAUGUCGGUGUUGGUAUAGUCGAUGAGCCUGUGCGUACGUCACCUGGGUCCCACCGUUUCGCAUACGACUGGGAUGAGGGUGACUAUGACUUCAACCAAUGGCUUAAGAAGCAGACUGCGGACCCGGACGACGCAUUUCAGCAGGAAACCGUUGACCGCGAGCGUACCCACAGCAUUUGGUACGAGUCUCAUAAAUAUAAACUCGACCCUAUAGUGGCAUCAAUAGCUACGAGACGUUCGGGUCCCACAUGUUGUCAUCAUUCGGCUUCAGUUUUGCGCGAUCGUAUCCUGGCUAGGCGUUUGCGCUUUUGUUCCAGCAUCCCGUCUUCAGAAGGAUCGUGGAAGUCCUAUUGGCGAGCCGGUAGCUCGUUUGUUGGAGGUUCUUACAAUGGUAUCGCAUUUGUUGGCAGCGCUGCUUUUACCUUAUGCCGCUCUCGAGACAGUUCCACCUCUCGCGACGAUGAGUAUUACUUAAGUCCAAGCCUUGAUGAGGAUUAUAGCUAUUCCCAGGGCAAUUAUGAGGACCAUUACGUCAGUCUGGAUAUUCCCAUUGACUUCGGACCUGCUAAUGGUGGUCGUGUGAAUGCUGAUGAUCAUCUUUCCCCCUCGAGGUUUGCUUCCUCCUCCUCCGGCUCUCGUGACCGUUAUAAAAGGUCCCAGUCAUCUCGCAACUCGGAGUCACCGAAUGAUGGAGGUGGCGCUUUAUCCUGGUUGUCGAUGUCCCCGUUGCCGUUUCUGAACAGCGUGUCCCCGAGUGGCUUUGGUAAUUUGUUCAUGCUUUGUUGUGGCACUGUUCUCGGCCUUUGGAUUCUGGGCGACCGUAUGCGUAACCCUUGGUUAUCUCAUUUCCUUCGUCGUCACUUUUUGGCGUCCCGUGAUUCACUUAGGUUGAAUCGUUGCUACACUCUUUUAACAUGCGACCGUUUUUUUGGUUCUAUUUCAUCGAGUAUCGAGAGCAUGUUUUGGCCUUCAAAGCGUUCUAGGCGUCGUCUGGAUGGAGUGCAAAUGUCUGACAUUAUGGGUGUUCUGUUGCUAUCAGGUAUCUGUUCAAGUUUGGGUCAUGUCUACUUGUAUAGCACCCCUGUUUUUGGUGCUUCUGGCGCAAUAUCGGGUCUACUGUAUUUGUUGGCAUCUACGUUUCCUAAUAGUUACUUUCGUACCGUUUUUCCGAUUCCUGGUUUACAGGUGAGCAUAUUGCAGGUGUGUCAGUUGUUCGUUUUGACUAAUUUGUACUUUUUGUUCUUUGGGAGCCGUUUACGUAACAUAGCAUGGGCUGCGCAUCUGUUUGGAUUCGGUGCCAGUGCUGUGUAUUGUUAUGUGCAGCAGUCUGUGUUUAAGCGUCAGGGAUUCCGCAAUCCUAUUACAUUGUCUCUUCGUACUGCUAAGCGUCAGUGGCUGCAUACAUUCAGAGAGGAAUACUCUAAGGUUGAUUGGACAGACGAUUCCGCCUAUAAUUCGGCCCCUUUGGACCAGCAAAAAUAUGAUGUACCUAUAUCUCUUCAUGCUGGUUUAAAUAAUUGGGAAUCCGUCCUCGCUGCUGAACCUUCUACUGCUACCUCAUCCAAGGCAUACGUGAACUUCCCGCUAUAUUGCCCUUAUGGUUAUUCUUCUGGAACAACAAACGCGUCCAAUGAAGUUUUGUCUGCUGAUAAUAUAUCAGCUCGUCGAGAUGAUCGCGUGGGAUUCAUUCGCAGUUACGGCGUCGGUGUUAGCGGUAACCGUGCCUCAAGCAACGUUGGAAACAACGUAAGUAGCUUUGGUUUGUUUGGAGGAGGUGGCGGCGACAAGUCCGGUUCCGGAUCUCUCGACGAGCUUAUAGAGGCAAACAAGACAUCUGGAGGCGUUCUUCUCGUUGACUUCUACGCUACAUGGUGUCGUCCUUGUGAUGCGAUGAAGGCCAACUUGCGCAUAAUCGAGAGUCGUUACAAGCCUGGUAAACUUGUGAUUUACCCAAUCGAUGUUGACGAGAACGCUGAGUUGUGUGCAUCGUACGAGAUAACGGCGUUGCCAACCAUUUUGUUGUACAGCCGCGGCAAUUUGGUGAAGCAGGUUCGGGGUUUGGUUGACGUCGGUUCUUUGAUGACCAUGAUCAACGAGGCCCUCGAUGAUGCAUCGUCAUAG